UUUAGCAAGAGGCCUCGGGCACUUUACAUUCCCUUCAACGACAUUCAGCCAGGCUGGCUAAAAGCGGUGUGAAACCGGAUUAAUCCCGCAGUGCGGCCCAUCCCUCCCUCCCAAGACCAGGGUUUUGUCCAUGAUGGAGACUUCUAGGUCUAUGCUCCGCAAAGGGAGGAGCGACGAAGACGGCGGCAGAAGUCUGAGGGGGAAGGAGUGAGUUGCUAUGCCCUUCCUUACUACACGGAGCAAAGGGGGAACUAACAGGGCUAUAUCAUUGAAUGUAAUCAAACUAGUUUGUGGUUGUGAACUGUCCUCUACUCGACCCCGACUUAUGGUGACCUUUUGGAGGAGACAUCUUCAAGACACCCCAUCCUACAUUCCUCUGGUACUCCUGGACUACUCACACCCUCAGAGUCCUACUCAUACUGGGAGCAAGCAUCACUGAAAGCAGUUGUUACAGAAUACUGAAUAAUGUUACCAGCAUGUCUGCACAUUCCUUGCUGUGUGAGAGAAUUGCUGUUGCUAAGGAGCUGAUCAAAAGGGCAGAAGCUCUUUGCCGGUCCCAGAAAGGUGGCAUAGAAGGAGGUUCCAAACUGUGCAGCAGAUUGAAAGCAGAGUUAAAGUUCCUGCAUAAGGUGGAAGCUGGAAAGGUAGCCAUCAAAGAGUCCCAUCUGCAGAGUACAAACCUCACUCACCUACAAGCCAUCAUUGAGUCUGCGGAGAACCUGGAGGAAGUUGCUGCAGUACUUCAUGUCUUUACUUAUGAAGACAAAUAUGGUGAAAAGCAGUUCUUGGUAGUGGAUGUUGUUGCAAACGGUGGUCACACUUGGGUGAAAGCAAUUGGUCGCAAGGCUGAAGCACUGCACAAUAUUUGGUUGGGCAGAGGCCAGUAUGGUGACAAAAGUGUCAUUAAGCAAGCAGAAGAUUUCCUGCAAGCAAGUGGUCAGCAACUGGUGCAGUACAGUAACCCACAUAUUAUCUUUGCAUUCUACAAUGGUGUGUCUAGCCCAGUGGCAGAGAGAUUGAAAGAGAUGGGCAUAUCUAUACGGGGGGACAUAGUUGCUGUGGAUGCAUUGGCAGAGCAUGCUAAGGACAACGUCCACUUAAGUUCUAGUGAAUCUGAUGAUGGAAAUGAAUGCCUUCAAGUGACAAGAGUAGAUCGGGACAAAUUAAUAGCAAGUGUAGCUUUUCCUACAGAAAUCAGAGUAGACAUGUGCAAUAGGGUUAACUUGGAUAUUACUACUCUGAUUACCUUUGUCUCUGCCCUUAGCUACGGAAGCUGUGAUUUCAUCUUUAAGGAGAAAGUCCUGUCUGAGCAGGCAGCUCAGGAGAGAGAAGAAAGUGUCCUCCCGCUGCUGGAAGAGUUCAUGAAGGGCAAGGAGCUGUUUGCUUGUGAAUCUGCAGUUAAAGACUUUCAGGUUAUCUUAGAAACUUUGGGGGGAGCAGGUGAGAAAACUCGAGCUGCUCGACUCAUGGAAAGAAUCAGUGUGGUACCAGACCAGCCCUCUGAACGUGCCUUAAAAUUAGUGCCUAGUUCCAAAAUCAGUCACCGUUCUCUGACAAUUUUUGGGACAGGAGAUGCUUUAAAGGCUAUCACCAUGACUGCAAACAGUGGCUUUGUCAGGGCAGCAGCAAACCAGGGGGUUAAAUUCAGUGUGUUCAUUCAUCAGCCUAGGGCAUUGACAGAAACCAAAGAAUCUUCUGCCACACCUUUACCAGAGCAUUGUUUUGGGCCCUGAUAGUGCAAAUUGCUUACUUUAUUUAUACUUCAUGAAGCAGAAGCACUUUCAUAAACAAAACUCUUUAAAAAUAUGCAACACAAUCCAGCCAAUGAGUAGUACUAGACUUGGUAAGAAACAUGGGGCUACCACUAAAUCAUUAACCUGCUGAAUUUUACUGUUCCUCAGCUGUAACAUCUAAUACAACUUUUCAAUUUGCUGGCAUCAUUUUGCAGUACAGUUACUGUACUUGCUUUUGCUCCAUCCAGCUAUUUUCAUGCGGUUGACAUGCAAAUAUAUAGCUUAGUGAUAUCUGUAUAGGAAGUGCAUAGCCUGAACAGUAUGGAUAGGAACAGGUGGGACUUCCUAUGAGAUGACUGCUUUAGUGACAUCUGUGUAUUCCAGUAAAGUUUAGAUCUACAAAAGAGCUAAGCACACAUUUCACCCUCAAAAACAAAGUUCAGUUUCAAAUUAAAGCUCUAAUUUCCAUGUGGUACUUAAAAGUUAGUUAAGUUCAGCUGGAUUGUUUUCAACAUUAUCUUUGUGGCAUAAGGUUUUUAUCUUUUCCAUGGUCUAUUUUGACAUGAAUAAUACAUGAAGAGUGUAUGCACAUGAGUGAGAACACUUGGCAGAAUACUUUUUGAAAAACAAGCCAACAACCUAAAUAACCAAUGUUAAGUCUCAUUGAUUUACCUAUGACAGAUUUAAGUACAUUAAAAUCAUCCACUGAAACAGAUGUUCUGUAAUUUUAAGAAGGUUUGCUUUGGCUGGAUUGCUAAUUUUUAUCUUUAUAUGGACUCUUUCUCAUUCACAGAGUAGUGGCUUCUCUGUAAUUUACUUUACUGGACAUAAUUAUGAUGUUGACAGAAUGCAAUAUAACAUUAAAAUGUUACCAUUCAAAUAGAA